AUGUUAGACUCAAACUGCACCUACGAUCUGGAGUUGAAAGACCCAAUCGGUAAACUAACUGGACAAAAGCGCUGUCAGAGCGUGUUAAGGCCAAUCAGUUGGGUGCUCGACGGUUUGCCGCCAAAUACGGCAGUUUGGGAGAAGAUUGUGGAAAAGUCGGCCGAGGUGCGUCAGGCACUCACCACAAAGAGGGCUACACUGGAGGCCAGUCGAAAGGCCGAGUUGGAGGCAAGGAAACGCGCCGAGGAGGCCAUGGAAGAGGACGAUGAGGGUCAACAGGAGAAGGCACCGGAUCCCAUUCUCGAGGCGGCCCGGGCUGCAGCUGAGGCGGAGAGAAACAAGCCCACGCCGGUCGAUCCGCUCCCCAUUUUUGUCUUCCAGCUGAAGGAUGAUGUUCCGAAGUUGGUGAAACAGGACCUUCUUGAUCCUGCAAUGGAACCAAUGACUGACUCUCAAGCAGCACCGACAGCUGAUGAUACGACAGAGGCCCCACCGGAUUUGCCGGCUUCAAACGUCCAUUUCGACCCAAUGCCAGCCCCUGGGCCCGAAGUUGACUACGUUCUGAACAUGAUCCGGCAAUUUGAGGCAGAAUGGGGGAAAACCACAGAGUUUUUGGGAAAAACCACUUCCGCCUACGGCUAUCGUGCCAUGUUCUCAGAUCUGGACAUUGGAGGCAAAAGUUACGACGACUUGUAUAAGGAAAUAUCUGUUGCCAUACAAAAGCCACUCCAACGUCCAGCGAAGGAAUCUUCACAAGACGAAUUGGAUGAGAAGGCGGACGCUGAGGCGGAAGCAUUCGCAGAAGGUGGGCUGGAAGAUUAUAAGCCAGCCGGAGAGGAGGGAGGCGAAGAGGAGGAGGCCGAAGAGGAAGAGGAGGCCAAGGAAGAGGCUGAAGAGGGCGAGGAAGAGGAAGAGGAGAUGCAACCUGUAAGCCCCAUUGAUGCUGCCAUUGUCGUUCUUGCUGUUCUCUUUACGGAUCUUGAUUGGCUAAAAGAGGAAGAUCCUUCCAAGGGACCGACAAGACAGCUGGGUAGAACUAGUUACUUCUGUCCAGUUGCACUGAAGGAAUUCCAGAUAAUGAAGCCUGGAGAUCCAGAACUCGUUGCCGAGUACCUGGGUAAGGCCUACUACUUUGGAACAGAGGAAGACAGGGCAAAGUUUCUGUUGGAACCAAAAAAAUACGUUGAUACCGGCAUCCAGCGUCCUAUCAAAGCCAUCCGGGCUCACUUGCAGGAUGAUGAGGAACUACCUCGAGAGUCGCUGGACCUGCUGCUGAAGAAGUUUUGGACAACCGAACCCUACAUGUCCAUCGGCAUCAUCCUGGAGGGCUUUCCACGUAACGGGGAAGACGUGACCUACAUGCAGGAGUCGAACCUCUUUCCCGACCUCUGCAUCGCCUUCACCGCGGAGGCCGAGGAGAUUGUACCGCGUCUGUUGCCGGAACGCUUGGUGAAGUGGAAGAUAAAGCAGGCGCGCAUCGAGGCCAACAAGAGAAUUGAAAUUGAAUGGAAGAAGGCCAAGCGAGUGAAGCUCUAUGAAGCCAGGAAAAAGCAGAUCAUGACUGAACUUGCCGUCAAGAGAAAGGCCAAACUUGUAAGCCAUCUACGUUACUAA